AUGUUAGAUGAAAGGUAUUUGCUGUCAUUUUGAAAAUACCAUUAAGUCAUACUGAGCCGGCCAUUUCAAGACUGUCCGAUUUUUAUAUCGGAAGGCCACUCGGGAGAGGUAAAUUUGGCAACGUUUUCCUUGCGCGCACAAAACGCGACAACUUCGUCUGUGCUCUUAAGGUAACAGGGACUAUCCUAAAUAGAGAAAUAGAUUCUCUUUAAAGAACAGCUCGUCAAAUCUGGUGUAGAGCACCAGUUGCGUCGUGAGAUUGAAAUAAUGUGCCAUCUUCGCCAUCCUCAUAUCCUACAGCUCUACACCUACUUCCAUGACUCGUCGAAAAUUUACCUGGUGCUGGAGUUCGCCUAUUACGGCCAAAUGUAUAGUGAGCUUCAGCGCGAACAACGGUUUAGUGAACGCAAGGCCUCAACUGUAUGUUUCGGCGUAUAUCCAAAUUUCUUCAGUACUUAUACCAGCUGUGCGACGCUUUGAUUUACUGUCAUGCACGCAAGGUCAUUCAUCGAGACAUUAAACCGGAAAACCUUCUCCUCGGCUUGUAUCAUGAGCUGAAAUUGGCUGACUUCGGCUGGUCCGUCCACGCUCCUUCCCUAAAGUAA